UGAAAUACUUCACCGUUAUUAAUUGUAAUGAUCUGUCUAUGUCAAUUUAUUUAAUGAUGGUCUCUUGUAGGGUCAUUAUAACGUUAGGAGUGAACAACUUUGUUACAAUAUUAAUAUUUUAAUUCAAAUUUGUCAUAAUUCUUCAUAGAUAACAAUGGCAAAGGCAUCAGGAGUCAAAAAUACAGAGGUUGUAGAGCUGAGCAAAUUUUCCAGCAAAGUAAGCUCAAUAAAUCCACACUGUAUGUGCAUAUUGCUGAAAAAUGACCUUAAAACUCCAUUAAUAAAUCCAAGAGUUUACACAAAUAAAGGGAAAUUGUUCGGCGCUCCACAAAAUGCAAUUGAGCCAGAUUAUCUGCUUGAAAAUAAUGCUAAAAACCGUCCAUUAAUUGAAUUGAAACAUUUUAAAUUGUACAUGAGAGCGGUAUUUACACAUUGGUACAUUUGUGUGAGACGAGUGUUAUUCCCCUAAAGUCCGAAAAAAGAGAAAAAGUGAACAAAAAUCUAUUUAAAAACUAAUUCUUGAUUUUUUAUAGAUUGUAUAUUGAUAAAAACAACAAAUGCUC